GUUUUGCAUGCCGCAGGUUUGUUUCAGUGUAAGUGAAACAUCUUUUUUACACGUCCUUCAGCUUUUCUCUUACACACAAAAAAACACAACACGCUUGUCAUAUCGGAACAAAGCAACCAAGCAUGAAGGGCCCCACCAUCCUCAGCGUCCUCAGCGUUCUUAUCCUCAGAGCGCUGCUGUGUGGUGCUCAGAACAAAUCCUCGAGUUUGCCAGCCUUCACCCAAGGAGAAAAGGCAUCCAGCCGCGCUACGUCUCCAGACCCAACAUCCUCACCGGCCACCUCUCACCUGGCGCUUCAUCUCACCUCUGCUGCCAGCAGUACCGCACCCGUCAGCAUGUUGGAAAGGAAGGAGUGUCUCCCCCUCUUGAUGCUAGCGGCGGGCCUGUCCCUCGUCUGUGCCCUUCUGCUGCUUUCCACUUUCACACUGACCUGCAAAGUAUGCCAGAUGAGCAGACGCAUCAACGUGCUGGCCACCAAGUCCCUAAGCUGCACCCAAUCGGCCGGGGGGAACAAAAGGAACUUGGAGAUGGAUGCCAAAGAAGCCGGCAUGUUAUUGGCCCGCUUGGAGGGAGGGGACAUGAGCGGCCCCCAAGCAGAAAGGGAGAAGGUGCAAGAGAAUGAAGAAAAGGGAGAAGAGAAGCAGAAGGAUGCAGAAGAGAAGCAGAAGGAUGCAGAAGAGAAGCAGAAGGAUGCCGAAGAGACAAAGGAAGCAGCUAAAGUUGAUGAGUCGGCAUUUCCAAAGCAGCAAAAAGGAGAGGAAAACACCUCAGAUGACCCCUCCUCUCAUGGCACAGAGGAAGCAUUGUAGAUGUGGAAACUAUACGACCUUUUAGUGCUGCCAGGCAGCUUUGGCUUAAUGAAUAAACAAAGUUGAUCAACAUUAAAUUAUGCAGCUUUUGCACAAACCUUUUAGCCCC